UCUAUCGACAUGAAUACAUGUGACAUAUUUGACGUGCAUGUCAACACAUGUAGGGUGUGGAGCAGCGGUAUAAUAUCGGCUAUUAGAGCAAAAGAAACUGCUAUUUUCAUUCAUAAAAGCUUUCCCUUCUGUCCACCCCAUGUCAAAGAAGGAACUUGAGAUGGAUGCUGGCAAUGAAGAAUUCAGGGAAGAAAUCCAGCUAACAACAGGACCAAUAUCUGUGGAUGAGCUAAAAAAUUGUGGAAUAGCCGCUGGCGAUAUUGCCAGGCUAUGCGAAGCAGGGUAUCACACGGUUGAAGCGUUGGCUUUUACACCAAAAAAACAGCUAAUGACAGUAAAAGGAUUUUCAGAGGCCAAGGCAGAAAAAAUUUUGAAGGAGGCUGCUAAGCUCAUACCUAUGGGCUUUUCUACCGCAACCUCCUAUUUCCAGAAAAGAAAUAAUAUCGUUUUUAUUACAACCGGAUCACAAGAGCUUGACAAGCUGCUUAAAGGUGGAAUAGAGACAGGAAGCAUCACGGAAAUAUUUGGUGAGUUUAGAACAGGAAAGACGCAGCUUUGUCAUACGCUCGCAGUCACGUGUCAGUUAGACCGAGAAAGUGGCGGAGGCUCGGGAAAGGCAUUAUAUAUUGACACUGAGGGAACGUUUAGGCCAGAAAGGUGUAUAGCGGUUGCGCAAAGAUUCGGGCUUGAUCCAGAUCAGGUACUUGAAAACAUAUCAUACGCACGCGCUUAUAACUCUGAUCAUCAAUCACAAUUACUCGUGCAGGCAGCAGCUAUGCUGUCUGAGUCUAACUAUUCGUUAAUCAUUGUUGACUCAGCAAUGGCUUUAUAUAGAACAGAUUUUUCGGGAAGAGGUGAGCUGGGUGCGAGGCAGAUUCAUCUCGCAAGAUUUCUCAGAAUGCUGCUAAGACUCGCCGAUGAAUUCAGCGUAGCGGUAGUGAUUACGAAUCAGGUCGUUGCUUCUGUUGAUGGCGCGGCUGCGAUGUUCAAUGCAGAUCCUAAGAAGCCAGUGGGUGGUCAUAUCAUGGCACAUGCGAGCACUACUAGGCUUUACCUGAGAAAAGGACGUGGUGAAACACGAAUAUGCAAGAUUUAUGAUUCACCUUGCCUACCGGAAUCUGAGGCUGUGUUUGCAAUUACCGCCAAUGGUGUCGAUGAUCCCGAAGAGUAAAAACUUUGCCAUGCAUCAAACCAUGGAACUUAUUUGACUUCUCGUACAAUUGACAAAACUAAAC